AUGGUAAGCCGUUCUUCUUUAUUCUUCGACAAGUGUUUUUACAACAAAAAGAAUCACGUUGCCGUAUAUCAACAGGUGGUCAAACAUUCUCGCGAAGUUUCAAUUGUGGCUAGAAUUUAUGUGGUGAGAGGCAUAAAUUUACGAUCUAGAGACGUAAAUAGCGAUUCAGAUGCAUAUAUUUGUAUUGAAUUUGGAAAAACGAAAAUUAUCGAUCGGGACAAUUUUGUAAAGAACCAGGUCAAUCCGUAUUUUGGGAGAUGUUUCGAAGUUAAGGGGUUCAUUCCUCAGGAUCACAUCCUCAAAGUCUCUCUCCGGGAUCGGGAUUUUAGUGAAUGUACUGAUGAUUUGAUUGGAGAAACACUUAUUGAUCUCGAAGAUCGACUGUUUACCAAACAUAGAGCAUUUUUUGGACUUGCUGAAGAGUACAAUAUGUUUGGGUAUAACAUGUGGAGAUAUUCGAAGACACCACUGAAAAUUUUACUUGAUCUCUGUGAGGAAUAUAACUUACCCGAGCCAAGAUUUACUGAAAAUUCUAUAUGGAUUGGAGAGAGAGAAUAUACUGAUUCGACUAGGCUAUCCUUGUCUGAAAACCUUCAUGAACGCUUGGCUCUAUCGGUUUUGAAGCAAUUUGAUCAGGUGAUUGAGGGUGUUCAAUUUGUUCCGGAACAUGUUGAAACAAGGUAUCUGUUCCGAAAAGAUCGACCAGGGAUUACGCAAGGGAAACUCCAACUUUGGGUGGAAAUUUAUGAGAGUGACUGUAUCCCUCCUGCAAUUGAUAUUAGUCCUGAAGUUCCCGAAAAGUACGAACUGCGAGUAAUAGUUUGGAAUACAGUGGAUGUUGCUAUGAAAGAUACAACAAUCCUGCGAACUAAAAUGAGCGAUAUAUAUGUUAAAUGUUGGCUCAUGAAUUGCGAUAGGGAUUCCCAGAAGACUGAUGUUCAUUAUCGUUCAUUAAAUGGUGAAGGAAAAUUUAAUUGGAGAAUGAUUUUUCCCUUUCACUAUUUGGUAUCUGAGAAGAAGAUAGUCACAACAAAGAAGCGGCGUUUCUAUGAGAAAUUCGAUACAAUCGUGAAGAGCCCACCUCUGCUCAAUGUUCAAAUUUGGGAUAAUGAUACGCUAUCGGCAGAUGAUUUUAUAGGAGCCACAGCAAUUAAUUUGAAUCAUCUCAAUGUCCCACCAUCUCUAGCCAAAAAUUGCUCUCUAAAUCCUCAGAUGGAAUACAUCAGUCUGUUCGGCAGCAAAUCAAUAAGAGGAUGGUUUCCCACUCAGGGUAACUAUGGCAAAAAUGAAUUGACUGGAAAAGUUGAGUUGGAAUUGGAGCUUUUGACGGCAGCAGAGGCAUUGAUAAAGCCCGUUGGAAAACAACGAAAAGGACCAGAACCCCUAAAAGACCCAAGUCGACCCGACAUCUCAUUCCAAUGGUACAAGUCACCAUGGAGAACUCUUCAGCAUAUUCUCCUUCCGAGUAUCUUGGGCAAGUGUCCGGUUCAAUGGAUGUAUGUGGCGGGAGGAUUUGUUUUGCUGCUCAUCAUUGUGAUUUGGAUACUGUGAGUAUAUAAAUGAGAGCGUUUGAAUA